CCCGCUCUGCCAUUGGCUGGCGGCGGCCGCCGGGGCCGCGGCGCUGCGGAGCUGCCUGGACGCGCCGCUGCCGCCGCUCCCCCUCAGCCGGCAGGGCCGGGCCCGCCAUGGCCCCCGCCUGGAUCGGCCGCCUCUGCCUCCUGCUGCUCUGCCUCUGCGGGGAGGCCGCCGCGGGGAGAGACUUCUACAAGAUCCUGGGGGUGUCCCGCGGCGCCUCCAUCAAGGACAUCAAGAAGGCCUAUCGCAAACUGGCGCUGCAGCUCCAUCCCGACAGGAACCCCGACGACCCCCGGGCGCAGGAGAAGUUCCAGGACCUGGGCGCUGCCUACGAGGUGCUGUCAGAUGAGGAGAAGAGGAAGCAGUACGAUGCCUAUGGAGAGGAGGGCCUGAAGGAUGGGCACCAGAGCUCCCAUGGAGACAUCUUCUCCCAUUUCUUUGGGGACUUUGGAUUCAUGUUUGGAGGAAACCCACGCCAGCAAGACAGGAAUAUUCCCCGAGGAAGUGACAUCAUCGUGGACCUGGAGGUCACACUGGAGGAGGUGUAUUCAGGAAACUUUGUAGAAGUUGUCAGGAACAAGCCAGUGGCAAGACAGGCACCUGGCAAACGGAAAUGCAACUGCAGGCAGGAGAUGAGAACCACCCAGCUGGGGCCUGGGCGCUUCCAGAUGACUCAGGAAGUCGUUUGUGAUGAAUGUCCCAACGUCAAGCUGGUGAAUGAGGAGCGGACGCUGGAAGUGGAGAUAGAGCCAGGAGUGAGGGAUGGCAUGGAGUAUCCCUUCAUUGGGGAAGGUGAGCCCCACGUGGAUGGGGAGCCAGGAGAUCUGCGAUUCCGAAUAAAAGUUCUUAAGCACCCAGUGUUUGAAAGGAGAGGAGAUGACUUGUACACAAACGUGACAAUCUCGCUGGUCGAGGCACUGACAGGCUUUGAGAUGGAUAUUGCCCACUUGGAUGGGCACAAGGUUCACAUUGUGCGGGAUAAAACCACAAAACCCGGCGCCAAGCUGUGGAAGAAGGGAGAAGGUCUUCCAAACUUUGAUAACAACAACAUCAAAGGCUCCCUGAUCAUCACCUUUGAUGUGGAGUUCCCCAAGGAGCAGCUGACAGCUGAGCAGCGGGAAGGUCUCAAGCAGCUGUUGAAGCAAGGAUCAGUGCAGAAGGUCUACAAUGGAUUGCAGGGAUAUUGAUGUGUGGAAAAAUUGGACUUCCCUGGAAAUGCAAAGUCAGAUUUGUUUGCAGUCUUUUCUCCUGCCCACUGUAGAAGGGGGAAGAGGGAGGGGGGCAAUGAUUGAGGUUUAGCCCAUCUUUGGUUUGUAAAUUAUGGAAGUGCUCAGAGUUUGGGGAAAUACUUUUUCAGGACACAACUGGUGCUGCCUAUCAUGUUCCACGUCCUGGAACAACAGAGAUUCCUUGAGCAGGAAAACAUAGGUGGGGGGAAAAGAGUUUUAAAUUCCACACAGAUUGGAAUUUCUGGUUUUUAAAUAUAUUUUGAUGUGACUUUU